CUGGCAGCGCAUGCGCUGAGCUGUGGGCCGGAGAGUUGUCGGCUGGGAAAUGGCGGCCGCGGGCUUGGUCGCUGUGGCCACGGCUGCAGAGUACUCUGGCCCUGUAGCGUCGGGAGGUAACCUCUCCGGUGUUAACUGCGGCCCAAGCUCCGGAGCAGGUACUGGUCCUGGCCCGGGUUCGUGGAGCCGCUCCCUCGAUCGAGCGCUAGAGGAGGCGGCUGUGACCGGGGUGCUGAGCCUGAGCGGCCGGAAACUGAGGGAGUUUCCCCGGGGAGCGGCCAACCAUGACCUGACGGACACCACCCGGGCGGAUCUGUCACGAAAUCGCCUCUCAGAAAUUCCCAUAGAAGCAUGUCAUUUCGUUUCUCUUGAGAAUCUCAACUUAUACCAAAAUUGUAUUCGGUAUAUACCAGAAGCAAUUCUAAACCUACAAGCUCUAACAUUCUUAAAUAUUAGUCGGAACCAGCUGUCAACAUUGCCAGUACAUUUGUGUAAUUUACCAUUGAAAGUGUUAAUUGCUAGUAAUAACAAAUUGGUGUCACUUCCAGAGGAAAUUGGACAUCUGAGACAUUUAACAGAACUUGAUGUGAGCUGCAAUGAAAUUCAAACAAUACCUUCCCAAGUUGGUAAUUUGGAGGCCCUAAGAGACCUUAACGUCAGAAGAAAUCACUUAUUACGUUUGCCUGAAGAGCUGGCAGAGUUGCCUUUGAUACGGUUCGACUUCUCCUGCAAUAAAAUUACAACAAUCCCCGUUUGUUAUCGGAACCUCAGGCACCUACAGAUGAUCACCCUAGAUAACAAUCCACUACAGUCUCCUCCUGCACAGAUAUGUAUAAAAGGCAAAGUCCACAUAUUUAAGUACCUGAACAUACAGGCUUGUAAGAUUGCUCCAGAUCUGCCAGAUUAUGAUAGGAGACCCUUGGGUUUUGGCUCCUGCCAUGAAGAAAUGUACUCAGGACGCCCUUAUGGAGCCCUUGAUUCAGGUUUCAAUAGUGUGGACAGUGGUGAUAAGAGAUGGUCAGGAAAUGAACCUACAGAUGAAUUUUCAGAUCUGCCUCUUCGAGUAGCAGAAAUUACUAAAGAACAAAGACUACGAAGAGAAAGCCAGUACCAGGAGAAUCGCAGCAGUUUAGUAGUAACAAAUGGUGGAGUGGAACAUGAUCUGGAUCAGAUCGACUACAUCGACAGCUGUACUGCAGAGGAGGAAGAAGAUGAGAUGAGACAGCCCAAGGGCCUGGACUCAGACAGCCUCAGUUCCCAGUUUAUGGCAUAUAUUGAACAACGGCGAAUCUCUCAUGAGGGUUCACCCAUAAAGCCAGUACCUCUGAGGGAGUUUCAAAAAACAGAAGACAUGAGAAGAUAUUCACAUCAAAACAGGGUUUCAUCUGAGCCAUCUUCUCUCAUGUCACUGUCACCAAGUCACAGUCAGUUAUCACAUGCAGACUUGGAAAUUCUUCGGAGAAGAGAACAAUUAGUAGAGCGUACUCGGAGAGAGGCACAGCUUGCGGCCCUACAGUAUGAGGAAGAGAAAAUAAGGACCAAGCAAAUUCAAAGAGAUGCUGUCCUGGACUUUGUCAAGCACAAAGCAUCACAAAGUCCACAAAAACAGCAAUCCCCCUUAGAUGGUGAGUGUCCCUUCCCAUCCAGAAGGUCUCAGCACACUGAUGAUAGUGCCUUGUUAGUGUCGCUGUCAGGGUUGAAUCAAGUGGGCUGUGCUGCUACCCUGCCUCAUUCUUCUGCCUUCAUGCUUCUUAAGAACGAUGACAGAUCUAAUACCAUAUCAAGUUCACCUACAACAGAAACAGUUCAUCAUUCCCCUGCAUAUUCUUUUCCUGCUGCUAUUCAGAGAAACCAGGCCCAGCGCCCUGAAAGCUUCCUUUACCGAGCAGCUGUCAGGGCAGAAGCAAAUAAAGGUCAUGCUUCACCCCUUCUUUCAUCUUCUGCACCUCCCACUGACUCUGCAGAUCCCAUAACAAGACCCAAUUCAAGACAGAGAGAAGAAGAGCUGGAAUUAAUGGAUCAACUACGGAAACAUAUUGAGUACCGGUUGAAAGUAUCACUGCCUUGUGAUCUGGGAGCAGCUCUAACCGAUGGUGUUGUUCUUUGCCAUUUGGCCAAUCAUGUGCGGCCUCGAUCUGUCCCAAGCAUCCAUGUCCCCUCACCAGCUGUACCUAAAUUAACAAUGGCAAAAUGCAGGCGGAAUGUGGAGAAUUUCCUAGAAGCUUGCAGAAAAAUUGGUGUACCUCAGGAGCAAUUAUGUUUGCCUCUCCACAUUUUAGAAGAGAAAGGUUUGAGCCAGGUUGCGGUGACGGUCCAGGCUCUCCUGGCACUUGCCCCCCCCAAGCAGCAGCACCCGUCAUCUGCUGUGUAAGGACCCCCAGCACCUGGGCGUUGGCCUGGCCAAACCGGAGCAGGACGCGAUUGCUGCUGCCAGCCAUCUGCUUAAACAAAGCUCUUAAGUGUUCUUAAAAAGGACUGUUUCCAUGAUUCCUAACAGGAAUAUUUUGCUUCAUGCCUCCAUUUUAGGGGAGGUUAUAUUCGUUUCCAUUGAACUGUUUAGGAAGACACGGUUGGUUUUCACAAAUGAAACUUAAUUCUGUCAUUACUGAGAACGCAACACUGAAGCCUAAACUGGCUGUGCUUUCCUAGAAAGUAGGCUUGUCUCACAUACCAGAAAGAAACUCCUCAAAAGGCUAUUUAGCUCCCCUGAAAGCACAGACAUGCUAUUAUCUUUACCUGUUUCCUGUUUCUGGAGUCCUCUGGUUUCCAAAACUGGCUGUUCAUUAGAAUCUCCUGGAGCAUUUGUUAAAAUGCAGAGUCUCAUUUGGUAGGUCUAAAGCGAGGCCUGGGUAUCUGCAUUUUCAACAGAUGUGGUAGAGACCACUGUCUCAAUCUAGAUAUUUGUAUGAUGUGGGGAGUAAUGACUCCACUCUGUCAGCCACAUUUAAAAUCAGAAGCUAUAUAUUAAGAUUAUUUGGACUGUCUGUGCAAGGCAAGACAAAAAUAACAGAACUGGGUUUUUUGGACAAAAUACUUAUGUCCAGGCAGAACAAAUAUAAUGUAGAAGGCCUAGAUUUUUAUGUAGUAAAACCAUUUCAGAGAGUUAAGUUGUAUAUAAGGCCAGAGUCAUAGGCCACCCCCCUACGCAGGCUGGCCACCACCACUUAAAGCUUGGUUCUGUGUGACAUCCUGCUAUUCUCCACACUUUAUAAACAGCACUCUCCACACAGGUUCCAAAUCCUUAGGCUGGUAACAGGCACUACUCACCAUUUGCAUUGAGCCCUCCCAUCCUCUUCCCCCUAUGCUGCUCCCGGGAUACCUGGACCUGCACGCACCUUCCACCCACAGCAGAAUACACUUCCGGCUCCCUGACUAAUGGAAGAUUAUGAAAACAAAGCAAAGGAAAUAAAGGAAAAACCAAGUUUCUUAAUUUCUUUCAGGUAACAGCUGGUUUCCGUGGCUGAAUCAAGCCAGUUUCCGUGGCUGAAUCAAGCCACUUGUGGCAUCUUAAAAAACAGCGUGCUGUGUAUCUAGUUCAUCUAACUCUACCACUCGUGCCUUCUUUACUCAAUCAUGGGCCAAGUGAAAGGGCCCAAGAUCUCAUGUAACAAAGCUGGGAGCCUUUGUUCAGGUUUAAGCCACUAGGGUCUUUCUUACCCUGUAUUUUGAACCCCUUUUAGUUGUCAGCAUAUCUUUUGGUAUUCACUGCCUUUAUAAACCGGGUAAAUAGACUUAGUGAAGAUACUAGUUAUCCGGGGUUGUGAAUUGUUCUGGAUUUACUUUACCAAUGCAUGCAUUUGAGCAAAAUGUUCUCUAUCACGUGAAUGCAGCAUCUAAAAGGAAAAUCAUGGAGUAUCCGGUCAAAAUAAUGUUUUCUCCCUGUUCUCACAGGGAAACAAAUUCAGCAGAACAUUACCACUUUGUCCAAGUUUAAUAUUAAAGAACAUAAAGCAUCUGAGCUCAAAACCCAGUCCUUCACUGUUCUUACAGAACAAAAGUAAAAUGUCUUUUAAGUGUUUAGAGCCAGACCCCAUUAUAUUUACAGUUCCAAACAUACCCACCAAUUAGGACUUGUUUAGAAUUUGUGUGCAUUUUUACACUAUAGGUAUUUCUCCUUCUAGUCAACAUUAAACCUCAGGACAAUCUCUGAAUAAUAGAAGUCAUUUGAAACUCAGCAAAGAACAGGACAGUUUUGUCACCUACUAUGCAAGAAUAACCCCAGAAGACAUACAUAAUACAACAUUUGGGACAUUUGCAACUAAUUAUCCCAUAUGAAUAAAUGGAAAUUUCCACUUAUUUCACAUUUCACACAUAACGUGAAACCUUAUUAAUGUAUUCUUAUCAAACUAAUUCAAAUUUAUAUUUGAAUUGCUAGAAAAAAAUUGUGUACAGUUUUGGUUGAUAAUGAAAGAAAAAUAUCAAGCAUAUUGAAUUUCUUUCCUUUGUCAAGAUGCAGAAACAUUUCAUGAUGGUUUUGUUGAAAAAUUUUUGUAUUCAGUGUUUUGUAUGUACUUAAAAAAAACUGGAAAGAAAAUUUCACAUUUAGCCUUGCUAGACUGCAGUGUAAGAUGAAGACGAUGUUGUAACGGUUCCACCUGACCAUUUGUGAGCUUCCUACUGAAGCGGUGACCAGCCCAGUGCUUGAAGUGUGAACAGAGAAAAGGCUAAAGUGCCCACCCAGCAGGGCCCCUGCCAGCUACGGACAUCGUAAGUCAGCCAGGUCUCUGGAAAUAACUUAUGGGCGGAGGGGCCUUUGUAUUUAGCUAGAACAGAGUAAGGGGCUUCUUAGCAGGUCACUUUCUUUAAUAGCUUUUUAAAAUACAGCCUUACAGCCAAUCGAGGAGUCUGAUUUCUCUUACUUGCUACAGCUCAGCAGUGACUAAUGAUGUGUGACUGUGCUGACGAGUAUGAUGAAUUUUUAACAACUAAGCGCUUAAAAUGGUUAUAGAAAUGAAGGAAAACAUGGAUAUUUAGAACCCUUUUUAUAUAAGUAUUGCAGUGAGAUGGUUUACAGCAGAUUUCAUUUUAUUUCUGAAAAUGUUGUAAACAUGUAAUUAGUGAAAGAUUUUGUAAAACAUUGUCCUAUAUUUGUGUGUCUGUAAAUAUAAUGCAUAAGUUCUAAGUAUAAAUAUGUCAAUAUCAUGUAUGUUAUUUUAAAUUGCCUGUAUGCCACCUUACACGUUGACAUUAAAAUAAAAGCCAACACUUCAAUAGCGUGAAAUAAAGGCUGAUUUGAAAAUGUUCAUACCUAAAGCACGAUUUCCUUGGCUAAAAUGAAAGGGUAUUUAAUUCCCCGAAGGAACAUCAGUAGAAACUGGGUCCUCAUAACAGGCCCUUGAGAUCAGUUUGUUUGUUUGUUUGUUUGUUUGUUUUACUCUAAGGAAGUACAGAUAUCAGCAUUUCCCUAUAUUUGGAAUCACAUAUAAGGCUUAAUUCAUGAAAUACAUGUGAUAUUUGGACACUUUUCUUUCAUAAAUUACCAACUAUGCUGUAGGGAAAGCUUUAGCACCCCAAGACAUUCUGUUUGGAUUAUCCUUACUGUUUUAGUCUUAAUAUCCUGCAAGGUGAAAAUUGUUGAGGAAGCAAAGCAGGCAUAGACCCUGGUGUCUCAUGAUCGAAAAUCUCUCCAAGCUAGUCUUCCAGCAGGCCUGUGUCCCCCAACUUUACUGUGUGUGGGUUGUACACCCUAACAUCUCGUAUCUGUUUAUUCUAAUUCAUUAUUUAUCUUUUUAAUUUAUAAUUUAUAUCCCUACCUAUUUCCCAGAAAAGGAGCUGAAGCAGCUUAUAGUAAGAUACAUAUUCCAUGCUGCCACCACCCCAACAAAAACACUAAAGUGAUAACAAAUCUAAAAGGCAGAAAGGAACCAACCUGUGGAACUUCACUGUGUCUAUAUUAUGCUAGACACUUUAUAAGCAUCGUCUUGGAAUUCUGACUGAACACUUUUGCUCAUAAAGAGUUUUUUCACUGUAGACAAAUGAUAGAAUCAGGAACAUUACAGAAAUUACUGAAGUUUUAAUGCAUCACAAUAACUAAGCCCUUGACUUUUUUCUAGUAAGAAAGAGCAAGAAGAAUCUUCAUAAGCCUCCUAGAAAUACUUCCCACCAAGUUUCUCAAAAGAAGCCCUAAGUCAACAGUAUAGUCCUAAUUCAGGGUUUGCAAACUAAUACAACAGGCAAAGUGAAAACACCAGGCAGCACCUGGAAAUGUCCAAAUAAGAAACAACCUGUAGAUGAGUUCUCUGCACUGGUAAAAUGUUUUCAAGUCCACCUUCCCAGCUCCAGAAUACCAGAGGAAAAGGCAAGAGAAUGUCACUUUUUCUUGCCUCUCCGCUUGUUCUUGUCUUUGCCUUUACCUUUGGAAUCCUUGAUAUCAUCUUUGUCCUUCUUAGGCAUUUUGAAACCACCAAGUUCCCUCCGUACCAUAGUGCCUCGCCACCAGGCCUGGAGCUAGAAGAGAAAGGGGGAAAAGGAAACAUAUAAGGAAUGAUUUCACCAUGGGACAUAGAAGAGGAAAAGAAGAGCAGGGAAGCUCCGGCAUCUCCACCUCAUUAAAUGUGGGCCAUUGUUGAAUCCAAGUUUAAAGCAACUGUUAAAAGUCACCUCCAGCUUCACAAGCUAUCACACUGAA